AUGCCAGCUGGUACACAGGGAGGUAAAAAAAAGCCAUUAAAGGCCCCAAAAAAAGUCAGUGUUUUAACUGAGGAGGAUUUGGAAUUUAAGAAGAAAGAUGCAGAAUUAAAAAGGAAAGACGAAGAAGCUAGGAAACUGCUAUUAGCAAAAAUGGCCUUAAAGAAAAAAUAA